AAUUAGACCAGUCGUCCUCUGAGCUAACCUGCCAGUCGCCCUUCAACACGGAGAGAGUACUGUGCUCGACCAAAGCAGACACCAACGCAGCGUUAAACCAUGGCAGGGGCAAUUGCACGGAAAGCUAUUGACCACCUGAAAAGCAAAGAGUUCAGGGAUUAUUUGAUGAGCACGCAUUUCUGGGGUCCUGUUGCGAACUGGGGUCUUCCUAUAGCUGCCAUCACAGAUAUGAAGAAGAGCCCUGAGAUUAUCAGUGGCAGGAUGACCUUCGCUCUGUCCUGCUAUUCACUGCUCUUCAUGAGGUUUGCCUACAAGGUGCAGCCACGCAACUGGCUACUGUUUGCUUGCCAUUUGACCAAUGAGACUGCGCAGCUAAUCCAGGGAAGUCGUCUCAUCAAGUACAACAUUGAGAAGAAGAAGGAAUCUUAGUGGCAGAGUGAAGCAGAUGCAGAGCGUUCACUGCAGAGGGCAGCGUGCUGCUUCAAGAGGCACCUAAACCAGGACAUUGGAACCCAUUCAUCUAAACAUUUUAUCUACUCAUUGAAAAUGUGGCACUUACACCAUUUUCUAACCUGAUGUUACCAUGAUGUCACUCUCAUAAAGUUUUAGUCACUUUUAACUACAAGGACAGGAAAUGCUGAUGCUUUCCUCCAAAAAUUAAGGUCAACUGUUGUGAUUUGUUUUUAGAUUUUUGCCAUAUUCAACAUGACACAAAAACAUAAUGUGGGUGAAUGUACACUCAGCUAACCAGCCUGACAGAUGCCUUGCACACUGGAUCCACUGGCUGUUGCACACUUUGAAACUAGGCUGAAGCAAUCAUUAUUCACCAGUCAUCUAUGUUCAUGUCACCAGCAUUAAUAUUUCCAUUACUUUCUUAUCUGCUUAGUAAUUGAAAUAUUAAUGGUAUUUCAUAGAGAACUCAGUCUGACAUCAGUUGGGGCAAAUUUGACCACAUCAUGGCAGACUAUCAGUGGCUUUGCAUGUGGACUUUCAUUCAUUAACCUUUGCUUAGGCACAGAGGACACGCAGAGAGUGUUUUUUUGUUUGUUAUGCCCUGGAGCAAGAAAUCAUGCUGUACAAUGAAAACUAAGUGUGUGUGUAUGGGGAUCACAGUAUACAUUGAAGUAUAAGAAAUAAUGAUUAUUCAAAGUGAGACUGUCUAGGUUAUAAACCUCCAUGACUUGGCAAGAUAAGCUGCUUCUGUCAGUGCUGACCAAACAUGUACUGUGUGUUGUUGUCAUAUGUCAUUCAAAUUAAUUUAUUGUCAUUGUGCAAGUCACAUUAUUUUGUCCCUGAUUAAUGACUUGAUCGUCUGGGUUUGUGAAAUAAACUGGCUAUAACCAACUUGAACACA